AUGGAAAAACAGAUAGCAGUUGUUGGAGCAGGUAUUAGUGGCCUUCUUGACUGUAAAUAUACUCGCUCAAAGGGCUUCAAUCCAAUUGCCUUUGAAGCAAGAAACAACAUUGGUGGAGUUUGGACUAACACUAUAGAGACUACGAAGCUCCAGACUCCUAAGCCAGGAUAUCAGUUCUCAGAUUUUCCAUGGCCAGAUUCAGUCACACAGCUCUUUCCUAACCAAGUUCAAGUCUUAGAUUAUCUGCAGUCAUAUGCACGCCAUUUUGACUUGGUUAAGCACAUCAAGUUCAACACUAAGGUUCUUGGCAUCAGGUAUGAAGGCCCGUCCGAUGAAGAGAUUUGGUCAUGGAGUCUAUGGGGUGGGAAUUGCGAGCCCCUAAGCACAAAAGGGAAAUGGAUAGUCGAAGCACAGGACACGAAGAGCCUUUCUACUGAGGUGUACCAAGUGGACUUUGUGAUCCUUUGCUUUGGUCGAUUCGGUGACAUUCCUAACAUUCCUGAAUUUCCUCCUGACAAGGGACCAGAAGUGUUUAAUGGUAAGGUGAUCCAUUCUGUGGACUAUGCCAGCAUGGAUAAUGAAAGUGCUCGUAAUCUCAUAAAAGGCAAGCGAGUUAGUGUUGUGGGGUUCCAGAAAUCCGCAAUGGACAUUGCAAUGGAAUGCUCAGCAGCAAAUGGGAUCGAACAUCCAUGCAGAGUUUUGUACAGGACUGAACAUUGGAAUCUACCUGAUAACACUCCAUGGGGGUUGCCUUUAUCGUAUUUGUAUCUUAAUCGAUUUGCAGAGUUAAUGGUUCAUAAACCUGGUGAAGGGUUCCUACUCGGUCUGUUGGCAACAAUUCUCGCGCCUUUGGUAACUUUCCCUUUUAUUCCUUUUGAAUCAACUGAAAUGCUCUCUUAUAAUUCACACCAAGAAGUUCAUCCGAAUGGACUAAUUAAACAGUAUUCAAAUCCCGGAGAUGGGCAGUGUCGAAAUUCGUAG